AGCACCAUCAUUAUCUUCCUGUCAUGGCGGAACCUGCGGAACUCACAAGCUAGGCUGGUUAUUGGUCCCGUCGUUGUCAAGCAGUCAGAAUCCAGACUAUUUCUCCCUCAUCCUCAUAUGGCUGGCUGGGCUGAGUCUCGUCACACCUGCAUGGUGUGAUCAUUUCCUUCACGCUGCAGCUGCACGUCAGAUCAACCAUUCUAUCUUCGGGUUUAUUGCGGAUGAACCCCCUGCAAAUAUUCUUCAGCUGCAACCGUCAACACACUCCCUCGCACCGGCCUCGCAGCUCUCCUGGGACAGCUCGACCUCCCAGGCGAGAUCCAGCUUCCCAAUGGCACCAUCGUCCUCGUUGGCCAUGGCGAGCCCAUUUACCGCGUCAUCUUCAACUCAGACCGCGCCCUGCGCACCCCAAUGACAGAGUUGGGCGUCGGCGAAGCCUACAUCACCGGCGAAAUCGACGUCGAAGGCGACAUAGGCGCCCUCUUCGGCGCUCGCCAGAAGCUCCGCAAGAAAGUCCCCCUACGCCAAAAGCUCCGGUUUCUAUACGACUACGUGCGGACCGCAACGAAGAUGAACUCGCAAGCCAUCAUCUCGCACUACAACCGUGGCGACAACCUCUACCACACCUUCAUCGACAAGAAAUUCCGCUUCUACUCGCACGGCCUCUUCAAACACGCCGACGAAACAAUCGAGCAAGCAUCCCGCAAUAAACUCGACGCAAUGUGGGACCGCCUCGGCCUGCAGCCCGGCAUGCACAUCCUCGACAUCGGCGGCGGCUGGGGCGGCGUCACGCAGUACUGCGGCCCCCGCGGCGUACACGUCACAACGCUCACCCUCGCCCCAGACGGCGCACGCUACAUCCAGCGCCUCAUCGAGGACCAGAAUCUCCCUGGCGCUGUGUACCUGCAGGACUUCCUCGCCCAUAAGCCCGACCAGCCUUACGACCACGCCGUCUCCUUCGGCGUCAUCGAGCAUCUCCCUGAUUACCGUCGCUUCACGCGCACAGUCUACGACGUCCUCAAGCCCGGCGGACGCAUCUAUUUCGACGGCUCCGCGGCGCUGACCAAGUAUGCUGUUAGCGCGUUCACGCGCAGGUAUAUUUGGCAGGGCGUGCACACGUUCAUGACAGUGCAAGACGUGAUGGGCGAGCUACUGCUGCAUGGGUUCGAGGUCGUGGAGGUGGAAAGAGAAACGCGCGACUAUGAAUAUACGAUUGCGGAGUGGGCGAGGCGUCUUGAUGCUGCGAGGGAUGAGAUCGUGGCUGAAUGGGGCGAGCAGACGUAUCGCGUCUUUAGGCUUUUCCUUUGGGGUGGUGCCCAUGCGUUCAGGACGAACGCGCUGCAGGCUUAUCAUGUUCUUGCUGAGCGGACGGAGGAGUUGGGGCCGAGGCCAGGGACUGCCAGGAGGGUUGUGCAGUUUUUGGGGACCUUGCGUUAGUUAAUUACAAGUCAGUAUUAUUAUUUAUGGGUUAUAGCUGUUGUCUUAAUGUGGAAAAUGAGCCUGCUGGCAACGCUACCUCUAUAGGAAUAAAUGGCCGCAAGGUAGCCUGCACCAACCAGCGUCUCUACAAACAGCAGACCAAAAAUAGUAGCAAUAGUAUUGGCUUCUGUUCAAA